GGGAAAAAAAAAAGAAGAUGAGAGAAAGCAAAGAGUAGAAGACUUUUUAGAAAGUAGAAAAAAGUAGAGAGAGUGUAUUCAAAGUCGGAAAGAAACCCUAAAGAAGAGGAUUGAUUAUGGGUGCUGUAUCGAUGGAGUCGCUUCCUCUAGGUUUCAGAUUCAGACCUACCGAUGAAGAGCUCGUCAAUCACUACCUCCGUCUCAAGAUUAACGGACGUCACUCCGAUGUCCGUGUCAUCCCUGACAUCGAUGUCUGCAAAUGGGAACCUUGGGAUCUUCCUGCUCUCUCGGUGAUUAAGACGGAUGAUCCAGAGUGGUUCUUUUUCUGCCCUCGUGAUCGGAAAUACCCCAACGGUCAUCGUUCUAACAGAGCAACUGACUCUGGUUAUUGGAAAGCUACUGGUAAAGAUCGUAGCAUCAAGUCUAAGAAGACUUUAAUCGGUAUGAAGAAGACUCUUGUCUUUUACCGUGGACGAGCUCCUAAAGGUGAGCGUACCAAUUGGAUUAUGCACGAGUAUCGUCCUACUCUUAAGGACCUUGAUGGUACUUCCCCUGGCCAAAGCCCUUACGUUCUUUGUCGCCUCUUCCACAAGCUUGAUGAUCGUGUUAAUGGUGUCAAGUCCGAUGAAGCAGCUCCUACGACCUGCAACAAAUACUCACCUGAUGACACAUCAUCUGAUCUUGUCCAAGAAACACCUUCCUCUGAUGCUGCAGUGGAGAAACCCUCAGAUUAUUCAGGUGGAUGCGGCUAUGCUCAAAGUAAUGCUGCAGAUGGGGCAAUGAUUGAGGCACCUGAAGAAAAUCUAUGGUUACCUUGUGACCUUGAAGAUCAAAGGGCACCACUACCGCGUAUGGAUUAUACAUAUGCUGGUGAUUUCAGUUAUGAUGAGAUUGGAUUCCAAUUUCAAGAUGGUACCAGCGAACCAGAUGUAUCACUUACAGAAUUGUUGGAGGAGGUGUUCAAUAACCCUGAUGACUUCUCUUGCGAGGAAUCAGUCAGUCGAGAGAACACAGUUGCACCAAAUGGGAUCUUUUCAUCUUCUAAAAUACUGCAAUCUCCAGCACCAGAGGAUGUUUUCUUCAACGACUUUAUGGCUUACACUGAUACAGAUGCCGAGAUGGCGCAAUUGCAGUAUGAUUCAAAUGGCGGAGCUUCUGGAUGGCCAAGGGACUAUAGUGAUUUGGUUCAUCCAGAGCAGAUGCUCAAUCAUAACACCGAGAACAACCUCACAGAAGGGAGGGGGAUAAAGAUCCGGGCUCGACAGCCUCAGAACCGGCAGAGUACAGGAUUGAUAAACCAGGGCAUUGCGCCAAGGAGAAUCCGUCUGCAGUUGCAGUCUAGCUCUAAGCCGCCUGAUGAAAAAAAUCAAUCUGAAGUAAAUCAGCAGGAGGAGGUGAAUGAAGGACACACUGUUAUUCCCGAGACCAAAGAAGUUGCAGCAGAGAAGAGUGAUGCUUUGGUAAAACCUCAAAUAAAGCUCAGGGCGCGGGGAACAAUAGGCCAAGUAAAAGCAGAGAGAAUUGCAGACAACGAGGUAAGAAUGUUUGUUGUGGUUACAGGUACAGGUGCAGAGCAGGAAGAGAAGAAGAGGGAAGCAAUGGAAGGUGGUUGCAACGGUAAUGGUGGCAGUGAUGGUGGUGGUAGGGGUGAGUAUAUGGAUGACACUGGUGAGUUCAUGACACAUCAUGAGACAGAGAUGUUGAAAAUCAAGAGUCGUUUAAUGUGUAAACUACUAUAGGGAUUAAUGUAAUGUUAGCAUGUUUGUGUGUUGUUGUAACUUAAAAACUUGUGUAGGAAAAAUGUUUGUUAGAGUACUAGUUAAGACUGGUUUACAAACUUAAGACUUAAAAAGAGUUAAAUCUGGA